CAACUCUUCACCACACAACCAUACCAAAUUGUAGUAAAUUCUCAAAACACUUUGGAUGAUACUUAGUGCAAAAAUGAACAAGGGGACUAAUCACCUCAGCGUAGUUCAUUUUGUUGCUUUGUUGAUCGUUAUUUUGUUGGCUUGUAGUAACGUUACAUUAAUGGUGGAGGCUCAAAAGUACAAGCCAAAUGGUGGCAUAAAGGCAAUGCUAACUAUCAACGACUUCGAAAAAGGCGGUUCAGGUGGCGGUCCAUCAGAAUGUAGUGGCAAAUAUUACGAUAACUCAAUUCCGGCGGUGGCUUUAUCCACUGGAUGGUACAGCAAAGGGAGACAUUGCCUUGAAAAUAUUAAUAUCUAUGCAAAUAAUGGGAUGAGUACACAAGCCAUGGUUGUUGAUGAAUGUGACACAAGUAGAGGGUGUAAGGCUAAUAUUGUUGAUGCUUCUGAAGCUGUGUGGAAAGCUUUGGGUGUUUCUGAAAAAGACCCAAAGUGGGGUUUGAUGGACAUAUUCUGGUCUGAUUGAUUAAUGAAGUUAAUGAUCUUAGUAUUGGUUUUCUUGGUACAUUGCACCAUUUCAAUAAGUACGUGAAAGAAAUUGAUAGCA